CAGGGCAGGAUGGAGAACAAAGCCAUGUACCUGCACACUGUCAGCGACCGAGAUACUGGCUCCAUCUUUGAGGAGCCCUUUGAUGGCAGAAGCCUCUCCAAGCUGAACCUUUGUGAGGAUGGUCCAUGCCACCGACGGCGGGCAGGAGGCUGCUGUACCCAGUUGGGCUCCUUGUCAGCACUCAAGCAUGCUGUUCUCGGGCUCUACCUGCUGGUCUUCCUUAUUCUCGUGGGCAUCUUCAUCUUAGCAGUGUCCAGACCACGGAGCUCCCCAGAUGACUUGAAAGCGCUGACUCGGAACGUGAACCGGCUGAACGAGAGCUUCCGGGACUUGCAGCUGCGGCUGCUGCAGGCUCCGCUUCAGGCGGACCUGACGGAGCAGGUCUGGAAGGCGCAGGACGCACUGCAGAACCACUCAGACUCGCUACUGGCACUGGCGGGCGUCGUGCAGCGGCUGGAAGGGGUGCUGUGGGGGCUGCAUGCGCAGGCGGCGCAGACAGAACAGGCUGUGGCCCUGCUGCGCGACCACACUGGCCAACAGAGCGACGCGGCGCAGCUCGAGCUCUACCACCUGCAAGUGGAAAGCAACAGCAGCCAGCUGCUGCUGCGGCGCCAUGCGGGCCUGCUCGACGGGCUGGCGCGCAGGAUGGGCCUCCUAGGCGAGGAGCUUGCUGACGUGGGCGGUGCGCUGCGGGGACUCAACCAGAGCCUAUCCUACGACGUUGCCCUUCACCACACGCGGCUGCAGGACCUGCAGGUGCUGGUGAGCAACGCCAGCGAGGACACACGCCGCAUGCGGCUGGUGCACAUGGACAUGGAGCUACAGCUCAAGCAAGAGCUGGCCAUGCUCAAUACUGUAACUGAGGAUCUGCGUCUCAAGGACUGGGAGCACUCCAUUGCACUGAAGAACAUCUCCCUUGCAAAAGGACCACCAGGACCCAAAGGUGAUCGAGGGGAUGAAGGGAAGGAAGGCGAGCCUGGAAUACCUGGAUUACCUGGACUUCGAGGUCUGCCAGGGGAGAGAGGGACCCCAGGACUGCCUGGCCCAAAAGGCGAUGAUGGGAAGCUGGGAGCCACAGGACCAAUGGGCAUGCGUGGAUUCAAAGGUGACCGAGGCCCAAAAGGAGAGAAAGGAGAGAGAGGAGACAGAGCACGAGAUGCCAGUGGCGUGGAACCUGUGGCCAUCAGGCUGGUGAACGGCUCGGGCCCUCACGAGGGCCGUGUGGAAGUGUACCAUGACCAGCUCUGGGGCACUGUGUGUGACGACGGCUGGGACAAGAAGGAUGGGGAUGUGGUAUGCCGCAUGCUGGGCUUCCGCGGUGUGGAAGAGGUGUACAGGACAGCUCGAUUUGGGCAAGGCACAGGGAGAAUUUGGAUGGAUGACGUUGCCUGCAAGGGCACAGAAGACACCAUCUUCCGCUGCGUCUUCUCCAAGUGGGGGGUGACAAACUGUGGACAUGCUGAGGAUGCUGGAGUGACGUGCAGCAAACACUGAAAAGUGGGCACAGGCUAAUGUCCGGGCAGUACUUCAGAGCCUCCUUCCUGCAUUCCUAGGGUGGGGGCAUCACUUGGGACUACCCUGCCCGUGCCU